AUGUUAAUUAUAGCCAAGACCCACAGGUACUCAUUCUCGAUACCUCCACCAAUCGCCUUAUUCGGGCUUCAUCCCCCAGACCCAAAGCCAAGCGAUAAAGCCCCAAGGAGAGGCGUGGUCCCUGGUAACGGUAAGCCUCCUAAUAGCAGCUCUUCACCCCCCAAGGUCCUGCCAAAGCCUCCUGAAGCUCCUCCACGAGCCUCCUUCCUCAGGCUAUCAAGAAUUCCCGUUUUCUAUGAGCCUGCCAACCCCAAAACAGAGGAAGUGCGCAGAGCGUCACGUGCGCCGAAUAUCUCUUCUCUUCAGACAAAUGAAUAUCCGAAUGAAUAUUCAAAUAUGGUGUUCGUCGUGCUUUCUCUCGCGGCCGCCGUCCUCGCUCGGCCCGAGGCUGGGUAUCCUGCCCAGGAGGAACCAGCCAAGUACUCGUUCGAGUACGAGGUGAAGGACGAGCCAUCCGGCAACGACUUCGGCCACCAGGAGGCUCGAGACGGCGCCCACACUCAGGGCGACUACUUCGUCAGGCUCCCCGACGGCCGCCUGCAGCAGGUCGCCUACACCGUCGACGGCGACUCCGGCUUCGAGGCCGAGGUCAGCUACGAGGGCGAGGCCAAGCAUCCCCAACACCCGCCAACAGGAUAUGCCUAAAUACUUCUCGAUUGAAUUGAUUGAAACGAUUGUAUUUUGUAAUAAUUAAUCGAUAAAGGUGAACCAUCGGCAUGAUUAUCGGCCCUACAUAUCAGCACAUGAAAUCGUCAAAUGAGGGUCAUAUUAGCUGACCUUUCACUGCCAUGUGUGGAUACUUCCUGCUUCUCCAAGGUGAUCCUCAACUGCUCAGUGAAAUAAGUGACCAAGUGUAGGACGACAUAACCUCUUCCGUGUUGGCAAAAAUAGAAAAGAAAUACACUGUACACAAAUUAGGUUUAUGCAAGAUGACAAAGCAGUUUUAAAACCCUCGUGGAUUUCGUCUUCAGACCUGGAUACACAACCCCCAAGGAUUUCGAAAAGCCUGUGUCACCUUUCAGUGCACUUGCUUUGUAUAUCUUCCGUCUCUAUCUGUCUAAUAGGAUUGUAUGUCCGUUUUACGAAGGUCUUUUUCCGGUCGUUCCCGUUACUACUUUUCUCGCACAGACAGACUAUUAAACCUCACAUUCGCUGCAGACGAGGUUGUUUAGACUAAAAUCGUUGA